AUGUUUGACAGAAGAACCAUUCCUCUAGCAUGCUUAUUGGUUACUUAUUAUACUAUCCCUGAGAUAUUUUGGCCAUUUGGAAGAGAAUUAGCGAAAUCAAAUGAAUUAAUAAAGCCAGAGCAACCUUAAAAUCCUUCAUCAGAGACAACUUAAAAUGGAAGAAGUGCAUUUUAAAGCAGACCGCGAUGA